CGCCAUUGUGUGAUCUUUGGAGUGUUCUGCCUCUGUGCCGGGUGUGGGGAGCCUCUCUCACAGACCGCCCAGUCCUUCCUGCCAAGGCUCUGCGUCGGUGUCAACAGGAACAUGCAAAAGGCGCGUCGUCUGCUGCUGGCGCUGACCCUUGUAGCGGCGCUGCUCGGCGCCGUAGAGGCUGCCGCCGCCCUCCUCAUCUCGCUGUGCAUGCCUUCCCUCUUCACUGCCGACCCUGCUGUCGUCGCUCAGAUUGUGCGCAUAUCCCCUGCCCUGGCUGUGAGCCUGGUACUCAACCCCAUCGUGCUUUCCUCUGAAGGCGCCCUGCUGGCGAGCAGGGAUGUGGCGUACAUGGCAUCAACCAUGACUGUCGCCAUGCUCAUAGGAGCACUACUGCUCAGGGCGGCGCAGCACUGGGGCCUCAGUCUCGCUGGCAACUGGUGGAUCCUCGUGCUCUUCAAUUCAAUGCGGCUUACAGCGGCUGCCAUGCGUCUUACUUCUCGACAGGGGAUAUUUUCUAAAGGAGGGUUACCCCAGCCAAUGCAUGCAUGAAUGCAAUGCCAACCUUGAGUGGCUGGAGCCUAGUGUUGAUAAUGCCACUAUUGUCUUUCAAUGUUUUGUUUUGUGUAAUUGCUUGGUGGUUUUGUUUACCAUCUAUUGUUUUGUGUCUCACUCAUAUGUAGCCUGCGUUGUUUUAAUCAAGAAUGAUCGCAUGC